UGGGGGAGAGUUGAGCGCUUCCCCCCCCCCUUUUUUCUUUUUUCUUUUUUUUUUCUCCUCUUCUUCUUAAACAAACCACAAACGGAUGUGAGGGAAGGAAGGUGUUUCUUUGACUCCCGAGCCCAGACACCUCUCUCUGUUCCGUCUAAGCUUCUGUUUUUGCUGAGCACUUUUUGUUUGUUUGUUUGGUGUGUUUUUUUUUUUUUUGGAAAAAAAGAAAAGAAAAAGGAAAGGAGUUGCUUGAUGUGAGAGUGAAAUGGACGUAAGAUUUUAUCCACCUCCAGCUCAGCCCGCCGCCGCACCCGACGCUCCGUGUCUGGGACCUUCACCCUGCCUGGACCCCUACUAUUGCAACAAGUUUGACGGUGAGAACAUGUAUAUGAACAUGACAGAGCCGAGCCAGGAGUAUGUGCCAGCCAGCCAGUCCUACCCUGGUCCAAGUCUGGAAAGUGAAGACUUUAACAUUCCACCCAUCACUCCUCCCUCCCUCCCAGACCACUCACUGGUACACCUGAAUGAAGUCGAGUCAGGUUACCAUUCUCUGUGUCACCCAAUGAACCACAAUGGCCUGCUCCCCUUCCAUGCACAGAAUAUGGACCUCCCUGAGAUCACCGUGUCCAACAUGCUGAGCCAGGAUGGGACGCUCCUCUCCAACUCCAUCUCUGUGAUGCAAGAUAUACGGAAUCCAGAAGGAGCUCAGUACAGCUCCCAUCCCCAGAUGGCAGCCAUGAGGCCAAGGGGUCAGCCUGCAGACCUCAGGCAGCAACCAAGCAUGAUGCAGCAUGGCCAGCUGACCACCAUCAACCAAUCCCAGCUGAGUGCUCAGCUCGGUUUGAACAUGGCAGGAAGCAACGUCCCACACAAUUCACCCUCUCCACCAGGGAGCAAAUCUGCAACUCCUUCUCCAUCCAGUUCAGUGCAUGAAGAUGAAGGUGAUGAUACCUCUAAGGUCAAUGGUGGAGAAAAGCGGCCCGCCUCAGACAUGGGGAAAAAACCAAAAACUCCCAAAAAGAAGAAGAAGAAAGACCCCAAUGAACCCCAGAAGCCUGUGUCUGCCUAUGCAUUAUUCUUUCGUGAUACUCAGGCUGCCAUCAAAGGCCAGAACCCAAAUGCUACCUUUGGUGAAGUUUCUAAAAUCGUGGCUUCAAUGUGGGAUGGUUUAGGAGAAGAGCAGAAACAGGUCUAUAAAAAGAAAACCGAGGCUGCAAAGAAGGAGUACCUGAAGCAACUUGCAGCAUACAGAGCCAGCCUGGUAUCCAAGAGCUACAGCGAACCUGUGGAUGUGAAGGCAUCUCAGUCUCCGCAGCUGAUCAAUUCCAAGCCCUCAGUGUUCCACGGGCCCAGCCAGGCGCAUUCAGCUCUGUACCUGAGUUCCCACUAUCACCAACAGCCAGGAAUGAAUGCUCACCUCACCGCCAUGCAUCCCAGCCUCCCCAGGAACAUCGCUCCCAAGCCGAACAACCAAAUGCCAGUGACUGUCUCUAUAGCCAACAUGGCUGUGUCCCCCCCACCUCCCCUCCAGAUCAGCCCUCCUCUCCACCAGCACCUCAGCAUGCAGCAGCACCAGCCACUCGCCAUGCAGCAGCCCAUCGGGAACCAGCUCCCCAUGCAGGUCCAGUCUGCCUUACACUCCCCCACCAUGCAGCAAGGAUUUACUCUUCAACCUGACUAUCAGACAAUUAUCAAUCCUACAUCUACAGCUGCACAAGUUGUCACCCAAGCAAUGGAGUAUGUGCGUUCUGGGUGCAGAAAUCCUGCCCCCCAGCCCGUGGACUGGAACAACGACUACUGCAGUAGUGGGGGUAUGCAGAGGGACAAAGCACUGUACCUUACCUGAAAAUCAAAACACCUCUCCUUUCCACUGAGGAAUUCAGGGAAGUCUUUUCACCAGAUUGCUUUGUACAGUCAAGGCGGUUCUCCAUUUUAUUAGAAAUUACAAGUUGCUAAGCACUUAGGACCAUCUGAGCUUGUGGGUCACCCACUCUGGAAGAAAUAGUUAUGCUUCUUUAUUAUUUUUGUAAUCCUUUAUGGACAUUGUUCUUCUUCUUCCCUGAAGGAAAUAUGGACCAUUCAAAUUUUAUGUUGGUUUUUUGCUGUGAAGUGCUAUGCUCUAGUAACGGCCUUAGCAAUGGUAGCUGUCUCGGGUAACAGUCCUGGGUUUUCCAUUGGUUUUCAUAAUGGGUGUUUAUAUGAAACUACUAAAGACUUUUUAAAUGGCUUGAUGUAGCAGUCAUAGCAAGUUUGUAAAUAGAAUCUCUGUUACACUCUCCUAGAGUAUAAAAAUGUGAAUGUUUUUGUAGCUAAAUUGUAAUUUGAAACUGGCUCAUCCCAGUUUAUUGGUUUCACAAGAGGAAUUAAAUUGGCAAACAUUCAUAUUUUUACUUCAUUUUUAAAACAACUGAUUAAUAGUUCUAUAUUUUCAAACUGUUUGAAAAAAAUAUUCCCAAGUAAUUUUACUUUAAAACUAAAUUGGCCUGGUCCCAUUAAUCAAACACAAGGAAAACUAAUGUUAAGGGAAGUGAGAACACAUUUAUUUUGUACUGCAGGAAAAAAAUUGCUUUUUUUGUAUCACUUUUUGUGUAAUGAUUAGUAAAUGUCAUUUAAGUCCUUUUAUGUAUAAAACUGCCAAAUGCUUACUUGAUAUCUUAUUAGAUGCAGAAACAGAUUGGAAACAGCUAAAUUAUAACCUCUACUUAUGGCUCUGUAUUAUUGUUUCUUCAUACUGUGUCUGUAUUUAAUCUUUUUUUAUGAAACUUGUUGCGCCUAUUUAUGAAAUAAUAAAUAUAGGUGUUUGUAAGUAAAUUUGUUAGUAUUUCAAAGAGGUUUCUUUGAUGUUUUAACUUUUGCUGGCAAAAAAA